UACGGCCCGCCAGCCGACUAUCUUCUCUUAUUAUCGAAACCUCUUGUAGGUCACAACGCCAUAGCCAUUCAGCCGGCAGCUCUAUAAUCGCAUUCUAAGGUCGAAGAACGCAUCAUUCUCGAAUACUCUGAUCGCAUAUCCAUAUUGUGGUGUUAGCUUGCUGUUAUUAUGGCAACUAAGGGUCGUGAACUUGAGGAUUCCAAGAAGAGAAAGAGACCUGCAGGAAAAGAAAGCGGAAGUAAGAAAUUGGACUUGAAAAAGCCGAAGUUUACUAAGAACGCUACUGAGAAGAUAUCGAAAAAGCCUUUUAAACCUCAGAACAAGGUUGAUGGUAGUUUUAAGAAAAGUCAUGGCAAAUCUGGGGGGUUUGUUAAGGAAGAGAAGGUUGUCCCUAAGACAAAGCAAGAACAACGUGUACAAGCUAAGGAGCUUAUUGAAGCUAGGAAAAAGAAGAGGAAACGUAAUUACACACUAGAACAGGAGUUGACCCAUUUGUGGGAAAAGAUGAGGCAGCGCAAUAUUUCCAAAGAAGAUAGAUCCAAAUUUGUGAGUGAGGCUAUACGAAAGAUGAAGGGAAAGGUUAACGAUAUUGCUACUUCCCCUGUUACUUCCCGUGUGUUGCAGACUUGCAUUAAGUAUGGCUCACAAGCUGAAAGGGGUUCUGUCUUUGCGGAGUUACGGCCACAUUUUCUCAUCCUUUCACGAAACAAAUAUGCUGUACAUAUGGUGAACAAGAUGCUGGAUAAUGCUUCAAAGGAACAGCUUGUUGAAUUUAACUCAUUCCUCCAUGGGCACGUUGCUUCUCUCCUUCGACAUGUGGUUGGCUCAAUGGUUGUUGAACGAGCAUAUAGUUUAGGAAAUGCAGCACAGAAACAAGCUCUGGUAAUGGAACUAUAUUCUGUGGAGCUUAAGUUGUUCAAGGAUUUGGUUUCAAUGAAAGAGAGCAGAUUGGAAGAUGUGAUUGCUAAGCUCGGUCUUCGAAAAGGCUCUGUCUUGGAACACAUGAAAUCUGUUAUUCAAGCAGUUUUGGGAAAAAAUAUAGUCGACCACUCCAUUAUACACAGGGCAUUACUGGAAUAUCUUAGCAUUGCUGACAAGGCCUCUGCUGCUGAUGUAAUCCAACAAUUGUCUGGACCAUCUCUUGUUAGAAUGAUCCAUACUAAGGAUGGAGCUAGAAUUGGAAUGCUGUGUGUCAAGCAUGGAAGUGCCAAGGAAAGGAAAAACAUUAUCAAAGGGUUGACAGAAGUGAGCAAGAUAGCUCAUGAUCAAUAUGGUUCUUUGGUGCUUGUUUGUAUUUUGUCAACUGUAGAUGAUACCAAGCUUGUAUCAAAGAAUGUUGUUCGAGAGUUGAAAAAGAUUCUCAAAGAGCUUGUAUUUGAUAAGAAUGGAAGACGUCCACUGCUGCAACUUCUUCAUCCUAAUUGUUCUCGUUAUCUAAGUGUAGAUGAUUUAGCUGCCAUGGAAUUAACAAUCCCUUCUCUUUUCAACAAGCAGGCAGAAGCAUCUGAGGUUGAAGAAACUGGAGAGGAUGAAAACAUGGACGAAGAAGAUGCUGAUGCUGAUGAAAGCUCUAUCACUAAAAAGUCGAAGAAAUUAGUUUCAGGUGGAAAGAAGGAUCCUUUUUUGAGAAGAAAGGAACUUUUGGUUGACAGUGGUCUCGCAGAGAGUCUCAUUGAUACAUGUGUUGAGAAUGCUGAGGAAUUACUCAGAUCAAACUUGGGAAAGGAGAUAAUAUACGAGGUUGCUAUUGGAGGAACUGAUGGAAUUCUACAUCCAGCUUUGGACGAAAAGUUAGAAAUCUUACAUGAAGCUAUAACAUCUCUAGUUGCAAAGGCUAAACCCGAGGCAGAAGAAGGAACAAAAGAAGAGCAUAUCCUUGAACAGUUCCAUUCUAGUCGUACGAUUAGAAAACUAGUUUUGGAUUCCCCGUCAUUUGCUUCCACUCUAUGGAACAAAGCCUUGAAAGGAAAAUCUGAAAUCUGGGCUAAAGGUCAUAGUGGUAAGGUGUUUGCUGCGUUCUUGGAAUCUUCAAAUGCGGCGGUUAAUAAAUUGGCACGAAAGGAACUACAGCCUCUAAUAGAUAGUGGAGUACUAGUACUAACUGAGAACAAGCAUCCAGCAGCAGCAACAAAGGCUAGUUAAUUAAUCGUAACAGUUUUGAAAGAUACUUUGAUGAAGUGUUUUUUUUUGAAAUUUCAAUGUUUUUAUUUUGUAUUAAAGAAGUUUUGAAUUGGAUGUAUGAUGGAAGUAGAAUGGAUUAUUAUUAUUAUUAUUAUUAUUACAAUAUUUUGUAAGGUGGUUUGAUUUUGAUAAUUAAAUUAUGUUGGACAAUAGUUAGAGAUUUU